CAGCCCCAUCCUAUAGUGAAUCAAUGAAGUUCACCUCAUUCACGACUAUGAUUAUGUCUGCUGCAGUGCUGGCGGGCGCGGUCACGGCGUCGGACCCUAACGGCACGCCAUGCGCCCAGAAAGAGUCAUUUGGGUGCGAAGUAGUCGCAGGUUAUAACAAUGGCUGGGCGUUUUCGUUUUACUGUACGCCAGAAAGCACUAUUCUGGUCAUCGAGGAUUGCUCCUGCGCGACUUGCUGUGUAAUCCCUAAAGGCGCAACUAUAGACCUAGGCCCGGGUGGGUCCGACGUCUGCACAGCCUGACCUCAAUAAUUGAUGAUACUGGCACUGGGGGAAUUGCUUUGGCGCCUACCACUGCCCACCUGAAUCUCAGGCUGUAGUGUUGAAGCUCAACAGUAUCAAGUUAGAUACGUACCUUGAUGCGAAAAUGACUCUAAA